AUUAAUCGAAACUCUAAAAUGGUCGUGCUUGUUUGUGUCUGCUAUGCUUAGUGUGAUAUUCUCAGGACCCAUUGUCACUUUACAACGUUGGGUUUUUCUUUCUUUUAUGGAACUAGUUAAGAAACGGCUUUGCUUUACUCUUCUCUUCUCUCUCUUUUUUAUUCCUUCAGGAAAAAUAAGGUUUGUUAAUUAAGUCCUGCGUUUAACACUUCUUGAUUAAGGAACCGAUGACACACUAGAGGGGUUUUGCUAGAAGCAGCUUUAGAGUUUUCUUGAGUAAAAUUUUGGAAUUCUUGCGAUUGAACAAGACAUCAUGAGUUUGGACUCGAUCCAUUCCAAUAGGAAUAGCAUUGAUAAGUUUGGAUUUCAUUAACAUUUAGAUGAAUGUCACACCAAUCUUGAUUCUGAUAUAGUUUCUCACAUACGCUUGCUAAUUGGCUCCACAAACUUCUUUGCUGAUUUUAGUGAUUUUGUGGCCAAGAGUACUCGCUUUUUACCCCAUUAUAUUCACGUGUUUAUGAUAAGUUUUUUCUUGAUUAGAUUUUUUGAGUAGUUUUGCAGCCUCCUCCUUCUAGCCAAAUGAUCAAAUUCUUAUGAAGGUGGAGGUUAUGCUAAUUAUAGUAGGUCGGAAAAAAAUAUUGUCUGAGAUGACACGUCCGUGCAAAACAACGGCCCUAUAAAUGAAUGUGUAUAGAAUAUUGAUGUGGUGAGGGUGGAAGGUAUAGUAAUGUGGGAAAAAAUGAUUUAGGUUAGAAAAAAUGAUUUAGGUUAAAUAGGGUAGUGAGUUUUAAUUUCUCAGAAUCUUUUGGAAAAUAUGGCCUUGGAUGGAGCAAAAGGAUUGAAAAAAAUAAGAUUGACCCAUUUAGUUUGAGAUUAUUUCUUUGCUCCAAGACUUGAGUUAUGUAAUAUGUUGCUCGAAAUGGUAGGCCGGCAGUUAUGACUAUUCCUAGCCGAUAAACUCCUUCAACAUGAUGAAAGGGGGACUUGGACUCCAAGAUUUUAGUACUAUCUACAGAUUCUAUUAGAAGCAAGGUCACAAUUGUGAAGAAAUUGAGAAGAAUAUUCAACUUUUCCUUUUGAUGCCAGCAAUCUUGCUGGUAAUCAUACUUAUGACAUUAUGAGUCACCAGACUACAUUCAAUCCCAGUAAAACCCUAGAGGGUGUGCAUGGCAUCCAUGUUGUCCCUCAUUCUCCAUUUGCUUUGAAAGAGAUCAAUCAACAGGGGGACUUCUCCCAAUCAACCUGUGAAAGUUCAGGCAAUGGAUUGAAUCAGCUGCUGUUGAUGCAGAGAGUAUGGCAGCAAAGACCAGGAUGUUUGAGGCCUAUCCAGGGCUGUAUUCAUGGUGAUCAACAUCUUGCAGAAACAGUUGCCAAUGUGAUUACUUCUCUUCCUUUUAUUGCUCUCGGUAUCCAGGCUCCAAGGAAGAACUUGAAUACUAAGUUGUAUGCUAACUCAUUAAUUGGAGUUGGAGUUGCCUCAAGUUUGUAUCAUUCUUCAAGAGGAAAGCUGAGGAAGUAUUUGAGAUGGUUUGACUAUACAAUGAUAGCCACAGCGACAGUAUGUUUGUCAAGGGCCCUACGAAAUGAGAACCCAAAGUUUUUGAUGGCUGCAUCUGCAGCAUUAUUGCCUAUCCAGCCUCUGAUGGUCUCUGCUAUUCAUACAGGGAUGAUGGAGGUAGCAUUUGCAAAAAGGGCAUUAAAAGAUCCAGAUCUAAGGAUGGCACAUAAUUUGCAUAAGAUGUCAUCGUUGUUGGGGGGUGUUCUUUUCAUUGCUGAUGAUUGCUUUCCCAGUACUCCUUUCCUUCAUGCUGGCUGGCAUCUUGCUGCAGCUAUUGGUGUUGGCACCUGCAACAAGCUUCUUAAGUAGUGUAUAUAUCUCAGAUCACUUUCUUAUGAUUCAUUUAUCCUUUGGGCUGCAGCUUCUCCUCAAACACCAGGAUGGGUAUAAAUUUCAUGCCUUCCUUCAACCAGGUAAGGAGAGGAAGGGAUAGAUUUGCUCUUUUCAGUUAGAUUCUUGCAGCUCAACGGUCCAACUAUUGUUGGGUUUUUGUAAUUUCUUCCGGUCUAGUUUCAUUUAGCCAUUCCCAACAUCUAAAAAGAAAUGCAGUUGCAGUAUUUAUUCAGCACAAGAGCUAUUUAUCUGAUACUCUAAUUAGAGAUGUGUGGCAUUUUCAUUUUCUGUUUAUAUAUCACAAUCAGCAGUAUGAAAGAGAGAAUUGCUUCAUCUGCUUUUGAUCAAAUGUAGAACCCAGCUAACAAUUGCUAUUAUCAAUCAGUUAUAUUUUUCACUCAA